AUGGAGUUUGAUGCAAGCUUUAGAGAUGAUUUUCCUUUCCUUUCUAGCCUUUUUCCGGAAAAUAACGCCAGUUCUUCUUUCAAACCACCUGAGUUCAACGGCUCUAACUUUUCUUUGGCCGGUGAUGCUUCUGCGCCUUCUGCAUCAUCUUCCAAAUCCAUUGUUCACAACUUUAUUCUUAACCAAGACCGUGAUGCCUGUAACUCAACUCCCGGUGCUACCAACAACGGCUCUCUCCCUAAAAAUCCAAACCAUUUUCAUCAGUUUUCCGUCGAUGGGUCUUCAAAGAAUUCUUUCUUUCAGGAUUCCUCCGCAUGCAGCGACCCUUUUGUGGAGCCUUACACCACCGGUGGUUUCUCCAGUGAUCUCAAUGCUUACAUCCCUUCCCUGUCGUUUACAGUACCGGAUCAUGGUACUCCUUCAAACAAUGGCCUGAUUUUCCAAGCCUUUCAAACUCAACCCUGCUGGGAUUUUUCUCAAAACAAACCUUCAGCUCAACCCCUACUGUCCCCGCCGGAGAACGAAAACCGUCAGAGUUAUCAGCAGCAAGAGCAAACACCGCCGUAUGUGGCUGCAAAACUGGGAGAAGAAGUCUCAUGCGUCACUGCAGAUCAAAACGGGAAUAAUAAUCGAAACAAAGUCGAUGAGAACGAUAACAACAACAGAAGGCUCCACAAAUCCAAAAGAGUUAUCAGGGAUGUUAACAAAACUAAUCUAGUCAAAGGUCAAUGGACUCCUCAGGAAGACAGAUUGUUGAUACAUUUGGUACAAAGGCAUGGAAUAAAGAGAUGGUCUCAAAUCGCUAAGCUGCUGAAGGGACGAGUAGGAAAACAGUGUAGAGAGAGAUGGCAUAACCACCUAAGGCCCGAUAUUAAGAAGGAUUCGUGGAGUGAAGAAGAAGACAUGAUACUGAUUGCAAUACACAAAGAAAUAGGAAACAAAUGGGCGGAGAUAGCCAAGAAACUCCCAGGACGCACCGAGAACACUAUAAAGAACCACUGGAACGCCACCAUGCGAAGGCAAGAGACGGGUCGGAAAGCCAGGGACGGCAGCACUCCCAAAGUUUCUCUUCUCCAAAGCUACAUCAGGUCAGUAAACUCCGCCUCAGCCUCGGCUUCGGUAUCGACAUCAUCGACAUCGUCGCUGCAGCCACUGACGACCCAACUCGACAACGCGAAGAUGGUGUACGAAAUCACCAACCCUGAAACCAGCUCUAACCCACACCUGGUGCAACUCGAAAACUCGGCUUUCAACGCUGCGGGUUGGAAAAUGGAAGCUUUUAAUCACCAUACUCAUCGUCAGCGUCAACAGCAGCAGCAGGAGGAAAUGGAUUACAGCUUCGAUGCAAAUGUUUACAACGAUCAACGCAAUCAAAGCUUUGGAUCGCUCCUUGCAGAAGGUAGAAGCAGCAGCAAUGCCAUGGAGAGUUUCGAGGUUCCGAUGGAAAUGGAUUCGUUGAGGAAGGAGCUGGAUUUGCUGGAGAUGAUCUCUCAGGGAAGUCUCUAG